CACCAACCCACCCGCAGGAGAACGGAAAAAAAAAAUCGUGUCGAGGCGACUUUCGCCGCCAUGGCAGGCGAUCCCCCGACGGCUGCGGAGAAGGAGACCCUGGUCUCCUCCUUCAUCGAGAUCACCGCCGGCCAGACCCUCGAGACUGCCACCCAGUUCCUCCAGAUGACGAGCUGGCACCUGGAGGAGGCGCUGCAGCUGUUCUACAUCGACGGCGAGGCCGCCCACACCGCCGCGCAUUCGGUGGACCCGUCGCCUGCGGCGGCGGCCCCGUCGGCACUAGCGGCGGCGGCCGGGGUGGAAGAGGCGAUGAGGUUCGCUCCACCCCCGGCGGCUGCACUGGGCGAUGCAAUGUCGCAUGGGUUUGGGGUCAGGGAGGACGACGACGUUCGCGCGCCCCUGCCGGUGAAGAGGGAGACUCUCUACGGCGAGGGAAUCGUGUCCGUCAUGCGACCUAAUGCAUCAGCUGCAUUUCGUAACUUUGAACAAGAAGCAAGACAAUCUGCUGUUUGGGACUCUGAGCAGAAUGUUGCAUCUAGUUCUGGUGAUAAUCUUGCUUCUUUAUACCGUCCACCUUUUCCUUUGAUGUUCAAUGGAUCCUUUGACAAGGCAAAGUUAGAGGCUUCUUCCCUGGACAAAUGGCUAUUAAUCAAUUUGCAGUCGACAGAGGAAUUUAGCUCUCACAUGCUUAACCGAGACACUUGGGGAAAUGAAGCGGUGGCUCAGUUAAUUAGGUCAAAUUUUAUUUUCUGGCAGGUUUACUAUGACACCAGUGAGGGGAGGAAGGUAUGCACCUAUUACCAUUUGGUGUCCAUGCCUGCUAUUCUCCUAAUUGACCCCGUCACCGGGCAAAAAGUACAUGCUUGGAAUGGAAUGGUUCACCCAGACCGUUUACUCGAGGAUUUACUACCUUACCUGGAUAAAGGUCCGAAGGGGCACCAUGCAGCUCAACCUCAAAAGCGCCCAAGGAAAGUUGAUCAGGAAGCUUCUACGGGCAAGCAAGGCAAAAUCGCUGUAGAGGAUGAGGAUGAAGAACUAGCAAGGGCAAUAGCAGCUUCGCUAGAGGUAGUCAUUGAAGCAUCAGACGCCAGUGAUGAUGAUAUGGCUGAAGCUGAACCUGAGGAGGAAAAUGAGCCCAGCUUAAACAUCAAGCCUGAUUAUCCUCCUCUCCCUGAAGAACCUAAAGGAAGCAGGGAGCUUCUCUGCAGGGUUGCGAUUCGGCUACCGAACAAUCAAAGGAUCCAAAGAAACUUCCUUCACACAGAUCCUAUCAAGCUCCUGUGGUCAUUCUGCGCUCCUCAGGUUGAGGACGGGGAGAAGAGGGCUUUCCACUUCGUACAGGCCAUUCCUGGAGCAUCCCAGAAGCUGCAGUUUGGAAGCGACCUAACUUUCAGGAAAGCUGGGCUGGCCAACUCGAUGAUCAACCUCUUGUGGGGCUGAGACGCUUCCAUCUUGCGCUUGGAAGGCCUUGAUCAGGACGUGUCCAGUGUCCUCCGGAUGGGCUUGAAGAUCCAGUUAUUUUUCAUUCCUUGAGGAUUAACUCUUCAUAUUCUGCUCCGUCCCCUGGGCUGCAUGUUGAAAUGCUCCUUUUUGCCGUUCGUUCUUGUGUCUACACAUACAUCGCUGUCCCCGGUAGGGUUUUGCCUCGAUUUAGUGCACAUAUCUAUCAGAGAUUCAAUCUGGUGGUGUGGGGCGUGCGCAUGGUCUGGUGCUUUGCUUUGAUGUUUCCCUUUUGUAUGGUCGUGGCAAAGUCUGAAAGGGAGAUGCAUGAAGGCAGGCAGCGCAAUCAGAUUCACAGCUGGACCUGGAUCCAAAACCAUGAAUGAAUGAGCAGGCAUGGUCCUUGGUGUGCCCCGUCCAACCUCACACAGUGGCCGCUCAAAGCUGCCGGCACAGGACAGCGUGCGGAUGCAGAUGCAGUGAUGGGAGAUCGCAGGCAGGGAGAGUAGAGCAGAGAGAGAGGGACAUCACAAGGUUACGUCCCUUUGAUGAAUCAUCACUGCCCCUCCAGAGACAUUGUUUCGUUGCAUGAUUUAUAUGUUCUAUGACACCUUUUGUG